UCAUCUCACCUUCAUAUCUCUCUGGAAAAAAAUCCAUUCUUUCUCUCUGUCUCAGAGAGAUGGGGCAGAGAAGAACAGUAUCAAUACCAAUUAUACUAGUUCUAAGUGUAAUUGGUUACAUGUAUUACACAACCAUAUUCAUCUUCAUUGAGAAUUGGUUAGGUGGUCUUAAUACUUCUCAUGGGAUUCUUAAUGGUGUUGCUUUCACCAUAACUACUAUAAUCUGUAUUGUUACUUAUUGUAUCGCUAUUUGUAAAGAUCCUGGUGGCGUUCCUUCUAAUUUCUUGCCUGAUGUUGAAGAUUCUCAAACUCCUAUUCAAGAAAUCAAAAGAAAGGGUGGGGAUUUGAGAUAUUGUCAGAAGUGCUCGUGCUAUAAACCUCCCCGCGCACAUCAUUGUCGUGUUUGCAAGAGAUGUGUUUUACGAAUGGACCACCAUUGUAUCUGGAUCAAUAACUGUGUGGGUCAUGCAAACUAUAAGAUUUUCUUUGUCUUUGUUCUGUAUGCUGUAAUUGCAUGCAUUCACUCACUGAUUUUGUUUGUGGGUUGUGUUCUUGAUGAUGCUGAAAAGGAUGGUCAACUAGAAGAUGGCUCCUCCAGAAUCCAUUUUAUUAUUUCUGGGGUGUUGGUUGUUCCAUUAGGGACUGCGUUAAGUAUUCUACUCGGCUGGCAUGUCUACCUUAUUCUGCAAAACAAAACCACAAUAGAGUACCACGAAGGAGUGAGAGCAACAUGGCUUGCAGAGAAGGUUGGAAACGUAUAUAGGCAUCCAUAUGAUCUUGGUCCCUACCAAAAUCUAACAACAGUUCUGGGACCAAACGUUUUCACGUGGGUCUUACCUACCUCAAGACAUAUUGGUUCUGGUAUACGUUUUCGAACAUCCUAUGACAACACAGAUUCAUCAUCAGCAAGAUGAUAAAACUUCCUUUUUUGGCUUUGCUGCGGCUUUUAGAGAAGUGGUCUGGAAGCUACUAAAUCUAAACCUCGAAGAGAUGAAACUGACUCUGACAUAUGGUGGGUGUGGUCCAUUUCAACCAGUCCAUUCGUGUAUAUUACUACUGGGUUAUCUCGCGGAAGAAUGAAACGAAGCGAGUGCCCUUGUCUAUCAUCAUACAUGAUACACAAAUUACUGCACACAAGUUGACCAUUUGAUGUUCAUAUUAACAGAAAGCUCAUCUACUAGUAGGCUUAAGAAUGAUUCAUGCAGUGUUUUUGAAACGUAGUUUUCCGGUCUCAGGGUACUACUAUGCAUCUAGCAUUCUGCUCCAAAAAACUGAGCUUUGUUACAGAUUUCCCCUUUUCUUGUGUUCAUUUUUGCCAUUUUCUUUUCGGAGUAGAGCAGAGAAGAUUGUAAUUUCUUGCAAUAUUGUACAAUAAACUGUUUUUUUUUCUUCGAAUCACUCACCGAAACGAAUUUGGCUUUGUUCUCCUUGGGUAUGGUAAAAUACAGAUUCUCCAAGCCA